AUGGAACACGAAAUAUUGACUGAACCGCUAGAGAGUAACGCAGCAAGUCUUCACGGCCUAUACACGGAUUUCGACGCGUGGGUUAUUAAAUAUAGCUCAAUUUAUAAAAGGUCAAUCCGUGGGACACAAGCAGAAAAACAACAUGAAGAAAAUAAUCCAAAACAACAAAACGUAGAUCAUGUUAUAAUAGAUGUUUUUGCCGCCAACAUACUGUUAAAGCAAAGGCAUACACACAAUCAACCUAUUAUCAAUGUCAAAGAAAACGAAGGUUUUAUGUUUUAUGAUUAUAUUUUAUUUAAACUACUGGAUAACAAUAGUCAUAGACAUGUAAUUUGUAGAUUAGUUCGAUCAAAACUAUGA